UACCUCACUCGCCCGCGAACUGUGAGCUGCCCGCACUCCGCCUCUCGGCUUCUGCACUGCCCGCUGCUGCCGCCAUGGCCCAAGCUGACAUUGCACUGAUUGGACUGGCUGUCAUGGGCCAGAACUUAAUAUUGAACAUGAACGACCACGGCUUUGUGGUCUGUGCCUUUAACAGGACAGUCUCCAAAGUUGAUGAUUUCUUGGCCAAUGAGGCAAAGGGAACCAAAGUGGUUGGUGCUCAGUCCUUGAAGGAGAUGGUCUCCAAGCUGAAGAAGCCCCGGAGGAUUAUCCUUCUUGUGAAGGCUGGUCAAGCUGUUGAUGAUUUCAUUGAAAAACUGGUACCAUUGUUGGACACCGGUGACAUCAUCAUUGAUGGAGGAAAUUCUGAAUAUAGGGAUACCACAAGACGUUGUCGAGACCUCAAGGCCAAGGGCAUCUUAUUUGUGGGGAGUGGAGUUAGUGGUGGAGAAGAUGGGGCCCGGUAUGGCCCAUCACUUAUGCCUGGAGGGAACAAGGAAGCUUGGCCUCAUAUCAAGACAAUCUUCCAGGGCAUUGCUGCGAAAGUAGGCACUGGAGAACCCUGCUGUGACUGGGCAAGUUCUGGGCUACCCUUUAAAGUGACACGAGCAUGUCUGAGUGACAAAGCCUUUGAAGAGUGGAAUAAGACGGAGCUAGACUCGUUCCUGAUUGAAAUCACAGCCAAUAUUCUCAAGUUCCAAGACAACGAUGGCAAAUACCUGCUGCCAAAGAUCAAGGACAGUGCUGGGCAGAAGGGCACCGGGAAGUGGACGGCUAUCUCCGCCCUGGAAUACGGCGUCCCCGUCACCCUCAUCGGAGAAGCCGUCUUUGCUCGCUGCUUAUCGUCUCUGAAGGAUGAAAGAAUUCAAGCAAGCAAAAAACUAAUGGGUCCCCAAAAGACCCAGUUUGAAGGUGACAAGAAAUCAUUCCUGGAAGACAUUCGAAAGGCCCUCUAUGCUUCCAAGAUCAUCUCUUAUGCCCAAGGCUUUAUGCUGCUAAGACAGGCAGCCACUGAAUUUGGCUGGACCCUCAAUUAUGGUGGCAUCGCCCUGAUGUGGAGAGGGGGCUGCAUCAUCAGAAGUGUUUUCCUAGGAAAGAUAAAGGAUGCAUUUGAUCGAAACCCAGAACUUCAGAACCUACUACUUGACAACUUCUUUAAGUCAGCUGUUGAAAACUGCCAGGCCUCCUGGCGGCGGGUAGUCAGCACUGGUGUCCAGGCAGGCAUCCCCAUGCCCUGCUUCACCACUGCCCUCUCCUUCUAUGACGGGUACAGACAUGAGAUGCUACCAGCCAACCUCAUCCAGGCUCAGCGGGAUUACUUUGGAGCUCAUACCUAUGAACUCUUAGCCAACCCGGGACAGUUUAUCCACACCAACUGGACAGGCCAUGGCGGCAACGUGUCGUCCUCGUCAUACAAUGCUUAACCAGACUGUUUCUGUUACCCUCCAUGAUUCCAUAGACCAGGACAUUCCACAUGCACACAGCACUGCUUACACGGCCCUUUGCCCUAUUUUCUGCUCAGAUCUCUUAAAGUAGUGUUGUAAGACAUGCCUGAAAAAGAGCUUAUUUGUAAAGUAGUUCUGUGGGGACUGUCAUGCCUUCUGCCCUCGCCUCUGGGAACUCCCCAGGAGCUGAUCAUGUGUGUUACUACAGGAACCAGCUCCUUGGAGCAGUCCUUUCUGCGUGUCCCCUGUGGGCUAAUGAGGCUCUUGUCAUGUGGAUGGGAAAGGGCGUUUGUCAUUUAAUCAAACUGGAACUUUGUAUCAUGCAGCUGAGUUUCCUUUUCCUUUUACUCAGUAAAAGCCACUUUUUAUCUCUG